CUGAGAGUGACGGUCCACGGAAGUUUCGGGCUUUGAGGUCUUGGUUCAGUUCACUGAACUAUACACUACGGUCGACCCUGAGUCCGUGUGUCUGUCAUGACGGAGAGGAGCGGCGCUCCGGUCGCCCGCACGGUGCUUCAGCAGUGUGUUGGGGCCAAAUUGCAGGUGGAACCGGCAACCCAGAACUCUGAGGCUCAGUGGGUCCAAAUCGACAGAGGGAUGGUGAUCUACAUUUGUUUCUUCAAAGGAGCUACACUUGACAUCCUACCAAAGAUGGUGUCCACCCUGUUGAACUUGCGACUGUGCGAGUCGGACUCCGGGAAAAUGGUUUCAGUGUCGGAGCUUCCCGGCAGCUUGCUGAUCGUCCCGCAGGCCACACUGGGCGGGAAGGCCAAAGGCAAGGCCAUGCAGUACCACAACAACAUCAGCAAAGAGGACGGACUGCGACUGUACGGCGCCUUUGUCUUGCUGUGUGAGACGGAGCUGCUGGCUGCGGCUGGAGCUGACGUGUCGGUGAAACACGGGAUGUACGGAAACAGACAGGUGCUGAAGCUCGACACCAACGGACCCUACACACAUCUGACUGAGUUUUGAUCCUGAUUCAGCAUCUUUGAUGCUCGAAUUCCAACAAAUGGUGGGGGAAUAAUGAGUAAUUUAGUUCAUAUUUAUAUUAUUGUAAUUAUGCAGAUCCACCUUGGAUUUGCUGUGGCGACCUCAAGUGAAAACAAGGGAACAGCCAAAGGGACUUACUUUUUAUGUUUUGUCCAGUUUCUGAGCCUCACAAAAAUGUCAUAUUGAACUCACUGUUUUGUUUAAUGUGCAUUUGUGAGAAAUAAUCACAUGGAAAUUAAGAAAGUUAAUAAAUGUUUGUGUGUGGAGAAGUUAA